UCCAUUCGGAAACACAUCCAGUUUAAUGGCCGUUACCACCGCGUGCCAAACGAGCUUUUGGAACCGGUGGAGGGAACCGUGGCGAAGGAUCCACACCAUCGGGCGGCCGGGCGGCUACUUCUUGCAGUCCUCACGUUCAUUUCCAAACGGUGUUCCGAGAGAUUUAAAGUGAAAGACACCGAAGGCGGCUGGUCAGUGUUUAGUGAGAGGUUCGACUGUCAGUGCAGCGGGAACAUGGCGGCCAGGAUCAGGCCAGUUAUUGCACUAGCGAUCGUCCAAUGUUUUAUUGGUCAUGUUUACGGCGCGCAGUAUUUGGGGAAGCUGAUUGGAAAACUGUCGGAACUGCAUCAUGGAGUUUCGGGGGAGGUUUAUGCGGUUGAUGGAAGGACCCUUCACAUCAAGGAUUUUACCUACGACGGACAAGGACCAGCUGCAUACUUUUAUGCGAGUGCAGGAAAGAGUGCCAACAGUGCAGGGUUCAGAUUGAGGGACGAAAACGGUAAUGGUGAAGUAAUCAGGAGGUACAGGAAGGAAGGUGUCACAUUGACACUGCCUGAAGGAAAGACUUUAAGGGACAUCAAAAUCUUCUACGUCUGGUGCGAAGAAUUCGACGUCAACUUCGGCGACGUGAAAAUCACCAGGAGCCUCGAUUUCCCACGUCCGCAGAAAAUCGACGCCCUGAAAGGCGUCCACGGUAUAUCGUCCGACAACAUCGUGCUGGUGGACGCGCAAACUUUGCUAAUACCGAACUUAUCGUACGACGGAGAGGCCCCAGAUGCGAAGUUCUGGGUUGGCAGAGGACCGAAACCGUCGCCCCAGGGCAUCCGAGUACCGGACGAAAACGGCAAGGAAGUCCCACUCAGGAGGUACGACAGGAAAACCGUGGUGCUGACAUUACCCGGCGAUUUGACCGUCUUCGACAUCGGCCACUUCGGUAUCUGGUGCGAAGCAUUCACCGUGGACUUUGGACACAUUCAAAUACCUCAAGGAUUGAACAUCCCACCUUCUCUAAAAAUGCUCGGAGUCAGUCCGCAGUCCAAACUGAAUUGUGAAGUGCUCAACGACAACUUAGCCUUCGAAGUACGUUGGGCAGUGGCUGGAGAGAGUAUUGUUUUGCAAUUGGUUGCUAAAUUAGAUAAAGGAGAAUACGUGUCGUUCGGUGUGUCAGGCGACGAUGAAACGAGCCAAAUGAUUGGAGGAGACGUGGUGGUAGCCUGGGUGGAUCAAAACACACUUAAAGGAUACGCCGAAGAUUAUUACCUUGCUGACAAGUCCCAAUGCUCCGGACCGACUGGAUCUUGCCCGGAUACAAGAUUAAAAGAUAACACCAACAACAUCCGUCUGCUCAACGCAGCCAUGGUAAAUGGAUACUCAAUCGUCACAUACCAACGUCCUCUGAAGGCCAACGACGAGUUCGACAAGCCCAUCUACACGAACCGCUCCCAACCCAUCAUCUGGGCCAUCGGACCACUCAAUCAAAGAAACGAGGUCUCGUUCCACAGCAGCUACACCAAAGGGGACAAAUUCUUAGAUUUCGGACGUACAGCCAAGUGGAACUGCCCGAUGCCCGAAAGUGAUCAACCAUCAAUGAAGGCCAUGCCCGUCCAGACUCAAAAGAUCAUCGAGGAAGCACAAGAAGUACCGGAAGAAGUAGAACCGGUUCCAGUUCCUGUAACUCAAGCCCCAAGACGAGGUGGGGACCGCAGAAGGGGCGGAAACCGUGGCAACCAACAAGCCGACUCUGAGAAGAGUGCCACAAAACCAAGGCAACAGACUACCAGAGGUGCCACCCGAGGAGGUCAAAGAGGAAGUGUAAACUCUCCAAAAGCUGUACCAACUCCAGCACCUGUAUCUAAGCGCAACGCUUGGCUAAUUCCUCCAAUAAAAUGCUACGAGCCCGAAGAUGGAGUGUUUUAUGCACAAAUGGGUCCAACUGGCGGUAAACGUGGAUACCCAGCAAUAACUGGACAUGUCGGCUGGGGUAUUUCGUGGUAUAUUAAUGGACUCCUUAUUCCCGAAAUCAAUGUUGUGAGAGGCAAGCAAUACACCUUUGUGGUGGAAGGCGGAAAUGAUCCGGAAGUACCAGCUAAAUAUCAUCCAUUCUAUAUCACUGACGAUCCAGUCGGAGGAUACGAAUACAAGACCCCAGAAGAAAAACAGAACGUAAGAAUUUUCGCUGGCGCUAAACAAGGCAAGGAUGGAGCCUUUGUACCAACUGGCACUGGUCGUCUUUGUCACUGGACUCAACAAGGAGAUCUGGAAGCUGAUGAUUUUGACUCCUUUGGAGGAUACCAACGUACCUUAGAGUUGAAAUGUGACCAAGGAGAACCUGGCGUAAUUCAAUGGACCCCCGACAAGAAUACUCCGGAUACUGUAUAUUAUCAGUGCUUUACCCACCGUUAUUUGGGCUGGAAAAUAAACGUGUUGGAUUCUUGCGAUGAAGAACCAGCAGCAAGUGAAAUAAGACCAAUAAAUGUGCCCGCGCCACUUAAUCUCCAAGAACAGUACGUUCCAGAUCUUGAAGAUAGUCCUUCCAUUCGGAUAGAAACUAGGGUAAAGCCAAAUAAUAUACAAAUGAAAGACGACAAAGAAGAUAAAACAUCUCUCCAAACAUUUUCAGAACUGAAUACCAAACCCAAAUUUCCCGAUCAAGGGAGAUACCAAGAACGACCAAUCCAAAUGAUCCUAAUCAAAUCACAGCAAGGCUACUUCGAUCCAUCCAUUUCUGGUCAAGAGAAACAUCCAUUUGCUUUUGAAAACCCAUACAAAAGACACUCUGACUUCCGACCAAGCCCCAUCAUGGACUUUUCUCUGACCAAAGACCAUAUACCCGCCAGGCCUUCGACAACGACUACCACAACCACUACAACCACCACAACUGAAAAACCAACAGUUACUAACCCAAAUCCUAACCCUAACUCAAAAAUUAUUUCUAUUCCAGCCAAGAAUGAAGUAUUUCUAUCGCCUCCUGGUAAAUUACCACCCCCAAUGUUUCAUAAUAAUGGAAAUAGAAGGCCACAAAGGCCCUAUUUCCAAAAUUUACCCAUAAAACAGCCAGCUCGUGCUCCUAAUACACCAGUAUUACAUGUAUUGCCGCCUGUGAAUAUGAAAAUGCCUUUGCAAAGACACGUAGCUAAACCAUCUCUGAAUGCCAGACCUCCAAUGUUCAGCAAUAUAAAAUCUAUGUUCAUUAAUGCCAUGGGUCAUAUCAAGAGACUACCAAGCAUUGGGUUGCCCAAACCUCAAAUCGUUGCCAUUCUUCCGCCUAUUAACCAAGCCCAAUUCCAACAAAAACAAAUACAACAAGCACAACAAGCUCAAAAUAUUCAGCAAGUACAACAGACAACACAAUCACAAAAUGUACCACAAGUACAAAACGCACAGCAAAUACCACAAGCAGAAAGAGUACAAAUGCCACAAACACAAAGAGUACAAAUGCCACAAACUCACAAAGCUCAGCUGAUGGCUCAAUUACAACAAUUUCAAAAUCAAGUUCAAAAGUCACAAAGUGUUGUUACACCGAAAACAGUUCCAGCAAGCGAAAUCAUGAAAGUUGAAAUUUCUCCGCAGCAACCGUCCACGGAGAAAGACCCAGAAACUCAAACCUCUUCGGCAUUAUUAUCCGUAUCAGAAAUUAAACAAAUUCCUGCCGCUCGCAACACAGGCUUUCAACCAUCAUCUGUCAAAAUCGAAAAGGGAUUCAAGCCCAUAAUUACGAAGGAAAUUCGUGAUAGAAUUUCCCAGGAUGAACCUGAGCUAAACUAUGAAAGUGAAAUAGGAGUAAUAAAUAUGGGAGGCAACAACAGACCUAAACCAAUCCAAUCUUUUGAACCUGUCUUCAUACCGUCCCCUUCUGACAAAUUCAAAUUCCAUAAAAGGCAUUAUCCUAAGAAAAGUGUACUUAAAAUUAUUUACAAAAGACCCCGCAGCCUGGAGGAAACUGAAGAGAAACCAUCAAAUAAAGAAGAAGGAGACGAAGAUGUUUCCGACGACUUAGAACCAAUUGCCGAAGCCGCAGAGAGGGUCGACACGUUUUUGAGUUAUUUACCCCCUCUCACGCAAACUGACAAGCCUAUUGAUGUAAUAAGACAACCAUCCAAUAUUGACAUCGAAAGUCCAGGAGACUUGGACAUAGAUUCGCCUCCAGACGUAGUGGUAACGUACGACGGAAAAAGAGUAUCAGGCCAAAGCCUAACGGCAAAAGUGGAAACGAGAACCAACAUCUACGACAUGAGGGCUUCCAAAGCUGCAGAACUUAUAAAGGCUCACCCACAAUCUGUACCGUACAAAGGCGAACUGCCACCCUUAAGUCCACAAUUUAUCAACGGCAACGCACCCCAAUUACAAGCCCGCGGUGUCAUCAGCCGAGACUUGGACGUCCCAAUAUCACCAAGUGGUUCCACAAAAUUAACGAGAGUCUCUCAGUUACACGAGGAGGACAAAGACGAAGCAAAAAGGAGGCGAAAGAGGGCCGCACAUCACACGCCGGAACACACUUUGCAACAAGAAAUGGAAAGGAAUAGUACACAACCAAAAAGUUCAUCUAACAUGUUGACUGGGUCGUGGUUGAAUCGGAUAAGCAUUGUUGUGGUUACAUUCUUCCUAUUGUAUUUAUAAUUUUCGUUGUAUUUUUAGGUAAUGUUAAGUUUUUUUUUUAAUUUUAUAGGUAAAUUCGUUAUUUUGUAAAUAAACGAUAGUAAGAUGUC